UGCAAACCAAUUCAGACACAAUUUAUUCCGAUGUUGAUUAAAAUAAUGCGAAAAUAAAAUAAAAUAAACUAUAUAAGGUACAAGGCAGGGUCCGGGGUUCUGGAGUGUUCAUGAGGCCUUUUUUGUGCUCUUCACCUUUCACUCCACGAAAUCAAAAACAAGUGCUAAGAAGCUCCGUGUCUCUAUUCUCAAACAUGUAGCACCAAACCCAAGUUGGCAUCCAAGUUUUAUAACACUAAUACUGCAUAUAAUAUUAUUAUAAUAUACAUAACAACAGUUAUUGAUAUUGUUGUGAUUGUGUGUGAUUUUGGUGUCGUCCCUUUUUCUUAUGUUUAAGGUUGUACGGAGUUUAUGUGUUGAUUCAAUUCGUCGAUAAGAAACCUUAGUUUGAUAUUUUGAUUGGUUCUGUGGAGAGUUUUUUUUUCUUUGGUGUGGUUUUUGGUUUGUGCUGUUUUUGGUUGGGAAUAACAAUGGCCGAUGAAGGAAACAAAAGCAAUAACUUCUAUUCGAUCUUGGGGUUGAAGAAGGAGUGCACUGAAUUGGAGCUAAAGAAUGCUUAUAGGAAACUUGCAAAGAAAUGGCACCCAGAUCGUUGUUCAGCGACCGGGAAUUCAGAGUUAGUGGAAGAAGCUAAGAAAAAAUUUCAGGAAAUUCGGGAAGCCUAUUCAGUUUUAUCUGACGCCAACAAAAGGUUAAUGUACGACGUGGGAGUCUACGACAGUGAUGACGACGAGAACGGCAUGGGGGACUUCUUGGACGAAAUGCUAACAAUGAUGAGUCAGACCAAAUCGAAUGAAAACGGAGAGGAGAGCUUUGAGGAGUUGCAACAGUUGUUUGAAGACAUGUUUGAAGCAGAUAUUGGAUUGGACGGAGGCCCUUCUCUUGCUUCUUCUGAUUGCUCAACUUCAUCUGCUUACAUGACUUAUAGUGAAAGUUCUAGUUCAAAUAAACACAAUUCCUCUGAGAUGAAUUUCGGGAAGGCAGAGAAUUCUUCUGUCUUUGAUGCUGGUUACCAGAAUUUCUGUUUUGGGGUAGGUCAUGUAAACUAUCAUUACCAAUGAGUGAGGAUACAAAAACAAUGCAGUCUGUGUGAGGUAUGUGAAAGUGACAGGUGAACCAACUCCAAGAUAUAAAGAAGAAAAAGGGGGGAAUUCUAGGAGGAGGUAGAAGUAGACACAGAAAUGGCAGAAAGCAAAAUAUGUCCUAUGGCCAUGAUGUUUCAUCGAAUGACUACCCUGGAAUUUCCACAAAGUAAAUGACCUUAUGCAACUAAAAGUUUAGGAGGGAAAAGGACUAAGGAUGAUCAUAGUUUAUACAAAAAUUAGUUCUAGGCCAUUGUUGCCUUACCAUGAAAAAUCUAUGGUAGUGGCACCUUCAAUUUCAUGUUCCCAAGGUUGCAAUUGUACAAUCAUGCUAGUACUUUAAAUUUUAAAUCUAUUGAGAACCCAUUUAAGUCUCUUUCAUUUAUGCAAAAUUGCCACUA